AUUAUGUCUUGUGUCUUGUUUCUCUUCGUAUAUUCAAUGUUUGGUCCGUGAAGCGAAUGGCAGAUGGCAGGUGCAUGUCGUGAGAUUGAUACGUGUUCGUUUUUCGGGAAAAAUGAAGAGAUCGCCGUUGAACAAUGCUACGCACAGUGGCCGGCCGUAUGGCGCGAAGCACACGCCGUACAAUUGGAAGUCGCAUGAGAACGCGAACAGUAGAGGUUAUCAGACCACGGAGAGUAACAGUUACCAGCGUUUCCCUGUAAGUGGUGCAGAGUCGCAGCCUUGCGACGAUAAUUUCAUCCCUCUGAACGUCAGCACGCCGAUGACGCGGCACGAAAAGUAUAAUGCUGCUAGUCAGUAUAGCCCUGCCGGUGAAUGCAGCAGUCCAGGUAGUGGAUGGUAUAACAAUUAUAGGGGUAACUAUCACGCCACGCCAAGAUCGAACUGUAAUAACCAGUACCUUGCCUACAAGCAUUUCCCUAAGCAGUUCCACAGGCAAAAAAGAAAGAGUUACAGAGGAGCACAUAGGCAAGUGAAUGUAUCGGUGUAUGUAGACAUAGAUUCUUUUCUGGAAGAUCCCUGGGAAGAUCUAGUCAAAAAAUUAAAUGAGUCCAAAGAUACGAGUAAAAGUGAAAGGCCUGAGAAUGAAUCCCCAUUUAAUUCAAAACUAGCCGAUAGCGAUUUGACAGAAAGAUCUGGAAGCAAAUUAUCGAAGGAGACAAACUUGGAUGAUUUGCAGUGCAGUCAAGAAUGUUCUGUAGACACGAGUUUUGAGAUGCAGAAUACAGAUCUUAGUCAGAUAUCGAAAGUCAACAGCUUGGUAGAGUCAGAGGUAGAUGAUGUCUGCUCCAGUCAAGAUUUGCCAAAUAAAAGCACAUGCAGCAACAAGAUUUGUGGAGUUGUGCAGGAGAAGAACGUUUAUUUGAAUGUAUCCUUGAUAGAUACUGACCAGAAAGAUAUAUAACAAUAAUGAAGAGCAAAGUGUGUUAUAAAAGAAAAUGCAUUAAAAUACAUGAAAGUACAUAUGACUGUUGUACAUAUGGUCCUGUAUUCUUGUAUAUAGAUAUUGUAUAUAAGUAUAGCAUCGUGGAAUUAAAUGUAUUAAAAAUUUUUACAAAUA